AUGGCGCUAGACAUUCCCAGUGGUACUCCUGAUUGCGGAGAAGGAAUCAUGAUCACAUUCAUCGUCCUAAUCGUCCUCACAACGCUAUUCACGGCGCUUCGGGUCAUCAGUAAAUUUAUUACCCAGCAAGACUGGUGGUGGGAUGACUUCUUCGCGAUCCUCGCAUUGCCGAUGGAAUUAGCCGUCCUUUCCCUUCUGACGGCGUGGAGACAAAUUGGCAUGGGUUAUCAUAGUGAGGUAGUAGCUGCGAUCAACCCAGAAUACCUCAUGGCCGGCGCCCGCUAUCUCUACGUGGCAUACUUUUUCUUCGACGGCUCAGUCAGUGUGCCCAAGCUCUCAGCCGUGUUCUUUUACGCCCGCGUGUUUCGAUCUAACAACCGUUCCUUCCGCACACACCUUUGGAUCGCGGGUGGACUGACAUCUGCAUGGCUAUUAGCGGCCUGGAUAUCCACCAUACUUGAAUGCCGUCCCAUUGCAAAGGCUUGGAACACUGCAUUACCGGGAACAUGUAUCGCCCAAUUCCAAUGGUAUUUGUCAACGGCCAUUCUCUCAUGCAUGAUUGACUUCUACAUCUUGUUCCUUCCGGUUCCAAUGAUUUGGGGCUUGCAGGCUAGUGUAAAGCGCCGCAUAUACCUCCUUGUUUCCUUCAUGAUGGCCUACUCGGUCGUUGUGUUGUCGCUUGGCCGUCUCGUCGCCGUGGUUCAGCUCACCCCCGUUAUGAACCAGGAUCUUACAUGGAACUUUGUGCCAUAUGCUUACUGGACUGUUCUUGAGGGUUCGAUUUCUGUCAUUUCGAUCAGUGUUCCCAGCUGCAUAGCACUGGUCAAAGCCCUGCGGGAUCGUCCCCGGUCGACAGUUGGCUCGGGCAGCAAGGGAGUGUGUGCGAAACCAAUCAACUAUAUGAGCUUACAUCCUGGUGCACGAAAGAUAGUCAACUUGUGGCAGAAGGGACAUGCAAGCAGCGACAGUACUGAUAAGCUCAUUUCGGAUACCCAUGUCAGCCCGGGUGAGUACGGCCAUCGUCGGGAUACGUAUACUCCACUUAUGGUUCACGUUGAAACGGAUAUUGACGUCAGCUGGCUUUUAUAA